UUUUUGACAAUUGCAGUAUUUCGAGGCUAAAGCUACAAAAAAGAGGAUUUUUUUGAAGUCAUUGUUAAUCAAUGUCGACUAUUUUACCAUUAUUUUUUACAUCAUAUGAUAAAUUAAGAAGUGGAACUGAUAUUUAAAGUGUACAAUUCCAAGUUAUAACAUAACCUGUACGAACUGAUGAUUGAUAUGUAUAUGUGUUAAAAAACGUGGAAACACUAAAUAGUUUUGAAAAGUCUUGUUGUUUCUGCUUAGAAAUAUGUUUGCUCAUAUUCGACAGAAACUAUUGUUUAAUACGGUAAUCAAGUAUGGUAAACAGAAAAAAUAUAGUAUAUCAGCUAUCAGCGAAGUUAAAAGUGAAACCAAAGAUGUAGAACCGAUAUAUCCAUCCAUUGAAAAUAUAAGCUUUAAAGCCAAGUGCAAAAGGAAAAGACAAGCUUGGCAUGAGAAAAUCAAGAGCUUAGAAACUGUAGAGGAGAAGCUAUUCAAGAUUAAUAUGCCACGUUAUUAUGGCUGGAAGUCACUAAUCCUAAAGGAACAUGUUAUACCAUAUAAUUCUUUGUCACAUGCGCAAUAUUUUACAAGAACACAUAUUGUCAAGGAAUUUGGUCUACCAGCAUAUUAUAAUACUGUAAUUUCUACCGAACAAUUAGAUAGAAUAGUACAAUCAAUCAAGAGUGACAUAGAGGAUAACAUAAUUUUUGAAUAUUGCAUCAGAAGAAGAGAGCAUGAAAUAAAAGCAGAUAAAUUUCCAUUGGAUGAAAACAUUAAGGCUUCAGACAGGAAAAUAAACAUGGAAAAAAUUAUAUCUAAAGCAUUAAUUCACAGAAUUAAUAGAACAAUGCUGAUACACCUUACCUCUGAAAAUCCACAUUUAUUACAUACCGAAGUUGAUUUUGAACCAAGAUUAGAAGCAUCUUGGUUUAUGGGUGGUUUAAACCCCCCUAAUUUUGUAAGGAAUUUCAGAAAAUCUGUUAAAUUUCUGAAGGAAUUUGUUGAUGACUCAGUAAAUUUGCCUGUUCAAUAUUUUGGUCAACCUGUCGUACAUUUGAGACAUAAGCAUCCUCUGCGACAGAUCAUUCCCUUAAGCGAUUGUGAAAAUUCAGCUUUGGAAGUACCUACAUUCAAAUUGAAUCCCAAGGUAUUAACUUAUACUCUUGAAAAAAAACAUUUAACUAAUAUACCUGGAUUUUGGCCUGGCGAUGAAAAUGAAUUCGGAUUUUUAUCAUAUCAUAAUUGCACGUACUUGCAAACAAGGCCAGAAAAAUAUAAUGAUACAUCUGCAGCACUCACAAUACAGGCUGUAUUAGCAUCUUACAGCUGGUUAUUGUCACAAGCCUGUUAUCAAGGUUUCUCUACUUUUAAUGAUAUUACGUAUCCAUUAACUACUCAGACGAUUAUAACAAAUGGACAAUGGUGGUCAUUUUUCGUUUAUCAACUUAAUACUACUUUAGUGCAUUCUGAAUACGCGGAUGAAAAUUUAAAGCGCAACAUAUGUUGGAUUACAGAACCAAUAAAAUUAUUUGAUAAAAUAGAAAAUGAUAAAGUUCAUGGUUUAAAUGAAGAAGUUCUCAAAACUUUAAUUAAGUUUUACAUGAAUAUUCCCGAAGAAAGAGUAGGCGUAAAUUUAAAACCAUAUUUAGGAAAAUCCGUGAAAGUAAUAGCAGACAUAGAACAUGAUGAAAGAAGAAAUUGGCUCGAAAAACAGUAUAAGCAUCUAGUGGCUAACAGGCCGAGGCACAGACGAAUACCGGAAAUAUAUGAUUGGCAAAAAAUCUAUAUUAUUAGACAUAAAACCCGUCCAAUGGAUAAGAAACGAGAACCUUGGGAAUUUGGCAUUAAAAUGUACAAACGUACAUUAGAUGAUCAUCAACCGGCUUAUAUACCAAGACGUUUACGAGCAAAUCCCAAAAAGAGAAAUAGAGGACGAUGGGCAAAAACAUAUUAUCCAUAAUUAGAAAUACAAAUAAUUAUUAUAUUGAAUUAAAUAUAAUAGCGAUUGUAUAAAAGACAAUUAUUAAUUUUUAUUGUAAUGUAUACAAUACCAUACAAUAUACUUCAUAAUAUUAACAA